AUGCAUAAUUCUAUUUCCCUCGCCUUAUCGUACAACUAUCCUUACCCACCAUCAUGGGUUAAGACAAAACAUACCAUAGAACAACAACUACUACAAAUCUUUAAUAUAAUACAACAAAAGAAGAAGAAGGAACAAAAAGGGGAAGAGAAGAGAAAGAAGGAGAACGAAAGAGAAAGAAAAAGAGAGAGGAAAGAGAAGGAGAAAGAGAAGGAAAAGGAAAAAAAAGAGGAAGAAAAAGGAAGCGAAAGAAGGGCGGAAGGAGGGAAGGAAAGACGAGGAAAAAAAAAAGAAAGAAAAAACAGGGAGAAGAAAGAAGGCCGGAAGGAGGGAGGGGAGAAGAAAGAAGGGCGGAAGGAGGGAAAAGAGGAAAAGGAAAAAGAGAAAGAAAAAACAGGGGAGAAGAAAGAAGGGCGGAAGGAGGAAAAGAGAAAAGGAAAAAAAAAAGAAAAAAACGAGAGGAAAGGAAAGAAGCGGAAGGGGGGAAGAAAAGAAAG